AUCCUGCUGCACCCGUGGGUCUGUGAGGUCCUCAUGGCCAGCUUGAGCCCCUCGCAGCUGCAGAAGUUUCGUGAUGAUGGUUUCCUGGUGCUGGAGGGAUUUCUGACCACCGAGGAGUGUGAGGCCCUGCAAAAGAGGAUCGGGGAGCUGGUGGGCACCAUGGAAGUGCCCCCACACUGCCGCACGGAAUUCUCCACGCAGGAGGAGGAGCAGCUGCGAGCCCAGGGCAGCACUGACUACUUCCUGAGCAGCGGUGACAAGAUCCGGUUCUUCUUUGAGAAAGGUGUUUUUGACCAGAAAGGAAAUUUCCUGGUCCCUCCUGAGAAAUCCAUCAACAAAAUUGGCCACGCACUGCAUGCCAGGGACCCAGUUUUCAAGUCUGUCACACACUCCCCCAAGAUGCAGGCCCUGGUGAGAAGCCUGGGCCUCCAGAGGCCGGUGGUGGUACAGAGCAUGUACAUCUUCAAGCAACCUCGUUUAGGGGGAGAAGUCUCCUCUCAUCAGGAUGCUUCCUUCCUGCACACCGAACCCCUGGGCCGAGUGCUGGGUGUGUGGCUGGCGCUGGAGGACGCGACGCUGGAGAAUGGCUGCCUCUGGUUCAUCCCUGGCUCCCACACCGGGGGUGUAUCCCGGAGGAUGGUGCGGACUCCAGCCGGCUCCCAGAUGCGCACUAGCUUCUUGGGCACCGAGCCCACCCGUGAUCACAACCUGUUCGUGCCUGCGCCUGUGCAGCGAGGGGCCCUGGUGCUCAUCCAUGGGGAGGUGGUCCACAAGAGUGAGCAGAACUUCUCGGAGCAUUCCCGCCAGGCCUACACCUUCCAUCUCAUGGAGGCUGAGGGCACCAUCUGGAGCCCUGACAAUUGGCUCCAGCCCACUGAGGAGAUGCCCUUCCCACCUCUGUACUCCUAGGCGUCUGGCACAGCAAACUAGGCUGGGCAUUGCCCACUGAGCAACAAGGCUCCUGCAUAUCUCUUCUCCUCUCUGCUGCUCUCUAAACAGCAUCUAUGCUCUGGGGCACUGCAG